AUGUUCUUGACAGAUAAAUAAACAAUAACAGUGAUAUUCUUGAAGAGUUUUUAUAAGUAAUAAAAUUUAUAUCUAAAAUAAAUUAACUAAAAACCAAAAUAUCUUAUGCAACUUUUACGAUAUUCAAUCCUUUAUACAUUAAAGAGAUCAGUUGAGAUUAUAAAUCAACAACGUGUUCUACAUACGUGCGGUGGUAUGGCCUGUAGUCGAUUUGAAUAUGUUAAAAACUACGAACAGGACGACAGCAUUUUACCAAAUGUCUGGAUUGUGAUACGUUUGGAUGGCAAGGGAUUUCAUAAAUUUUCUAAAGCACACGAAUUUGCUAAACCUAACGACAUAAAUGCGCUUAAUUUGAUGAAUAUCGCCGCGAUAACAGUAAUGGAAGAAUUUCGCGAUGUCAUACUAGCUUAUGGCCAAAGUGAUGAAUACUCAUUUAUAUUCCGAAAGGAAACUAACGUUUUCCAUCGACGAGCAGCGAAACUUCUCACAUAUGUAACCAGUUUAUUCACUUCUGCCUACGUAUUUAACUGGAAUCAUUGGAUGCAUCACAAAACUUUACAGUAUCCUCCAUGCUUCGAUGGCCGAGUUGUAUUAUACCCAUCAGAUCAAAACUUACGCGACUAUCUCAGCUGGCGACAAGCGGACGUACAUAUUAAUAAUUUAUACAAUACUGCUUUUUGGAAUUUAGUAUUACAAUCGGGACUAAGCAAUCAAGAAGCUGAAGCUGAGCUUCGCGGUACAUUCUCUGCGGAUAAAAAUGAAAUGCUUUUUACUAAAUUUGGUAUUAAUUAUAACAAGCUUCCCGCCAUCUUUCGCAAAGGUACUAUACUAUUAAGAAAGCGGGUGAAAAUCAGCGACAAUGAUGGUUUAAAUAGACAACUAAUUGUACCCGUGCACGAUGAUAUGAUACGUGAAAAAUUUUGGAAAGAUCAUACUGAGUUAUUGGGCAAAUAUAAGCCUGGCGACUACGUAUCUAGCUUUGAUGAUUUAUCACCGGUACUAAAAUCUCAAAUAGAAAAGCUGAGCUCUGGAUAUGAAAAACCACAAAAUAUAGAAAUUUCAAGCUAGCACAAUACUUUUACAAAAUUUGUAUCUAAUUAGAGAACAAAGUAAAACAUAUUAUUAUUUAAUUAAACAUUAAAAACUUUUAUGUAUGUAUCAUUUACGAUAUAAAUCCACUUAUAAUCCUCAGCUGUAGGCUCUUAAA